AUGAAGUACGCAUUUGUUCUUACGGCCAUUGCCGCUAUUGCCUCCAAGGUCGCCGCUGUCGGUGUUUCCGGCACUCCUGAGGGUUUCGCUUCUUCCGCCACUGGUGGCGGUAAGGCUACCCCUGUCUACCCUACCUCCACCGACGAGCUGGUCUCUUACCUCGGUGAUGACGAGGCCCGCGUGAUUGUUCUGAGCAAGACUUUCGACUUCACGGAUACCGAGGGUAGCACCACGACCUCCGGUUGUACCCCUUGGGGUACUGGCUCCACCUGCCAGGUUGCUAUCAACAAGGAUGACUGGUGCACCAACUACGAGCCUGAUGCCGCUACCACUACCGUCACCUACGACAACGCUGGUAUGCUCGGUAUCACCGUUGGCUCGAACAAGUCCUUGAUUGGUGAGGGUAGCACCGGUGUUAUUAAGGGCCGUGGUCUGCGCAUCGUUAACGGUGUCAAGAACGUCAUCGUGCAGAACAUCGCUGUCACGGACAUCAACCCUAAGUACGUCUGGGGUGGUGAUGCCAUCACCAUCAACGAAGCUGACCAAGUCUGGCUCGACCACAUUACCACUGCUCGCAUUGGUCGCCAGCACUAUGUCCUGGGUACUGAGGCUGACAACCGUGUCUCUAUCACCAACAACUACAUCAACGGUGAAUCCGACUACUCUGCCACCUGCGACGGCCACCACUACUGGAACGUGUACCUUGAUGGCUCCAGUGACAAGGUUACCUUCAAGGGCAACUACCUUUACAAGACCAGUGGCCGUGCCCCUAAGGUCCAAGGAAACACCUACCUUCACGCUGUCAACAACUACUGGGACGAGAACUCCAGCCACGCCUUCGAGAUCGGCUCUGGUGGCUACGUUCUUGCGGAGGGUAACUACUUCUCUAACGUGAAGGAGGUUCUCGAGAAAUCCACCUUCGAGGGUGCCCUCUUUUCCUCCGACAGCGACUCCAGCACCUGCUCCUCCUCUAUUGGUCGUGCCUGUGUUGCCAACGCCAACGGAGGCACUCUGGCCGGUACUUCCUCUGAAGUUCUGUCGAACUUGAAGGGCGAGACUCUUCCCGCUGCCGAUGGUGCCAGCACUGACCCUGCUGGCAGCGCCGGCCAGGGUAACCUGUAA